GCCUCGUUUCACAAUUUGAAUUCUUUCCGUUUCCCCGCCCGACACGGAGCCCCGCUUCCCCUUGGGACGAUGAUCUCCAAGUCUCCUUCGGCCCCGUCGGCCUCCAAUCCAAGGAAGAGGAACAGCAGAUCCGAUCCAUCCCGCACCAGAAACCCUCGAGAAUCCGGCCGCAAUCCCCCCAAGAGAUCCCCUUUCGCCGACGUCGGAAGGCAUCCGCAUCCCCUUUUUAUCCUCCGCGUCCUUCCCUUUCCCUGCCUUCCCUCUCUUCUCAUCGUUCCCCGUUUGAUUUACCUCGCAGCUACAUGGCGAUCAAGAAUCGAAAGCUUCGUGAACAGUUCGACGCCGGCUUCUCCUCCUCUGGGAAAGGAAUAUUUAGCGAGAUUUCAAUCUUCGUUGACGGAUUCACGGUGCCUCCCAGUCAGGAGCUCCGGGUUUUUAUGCUGAGGCAUGGUGGCCGGUACGAGAAUUACUUCUCCAGGCGAUCUGUGACUCAUAUCAUUUGCAGCCAUCUGCCCGACAACAAAAUGAGGAACUUCAGGGCAUUCAGCCGAGGGCUUCCAGUCGUCAGACCUGCCUGGGUGGUGGACUCCGUGGCUGCCAAUAAGCUUUUGAGCUGUAACUGCAUUUACACUCGAUCCUCUUGUUAAGUUAUUCCUUCUACAACGAUAGGUUUCUGGAAUGUGGUCUUGAGCCAUAUACGAUAACCGAUGUUCUUUGUAUUUGCGAUCAACUUACAGUAGCAUGCUUGCUUAGGGGAAAUGAGUGACCAUGAAAGCAGUUGAUGCCUUCCAUUUGGAGUGCCAAUUAAACCUGUUUCUUUAAAUAAGUAUAAAUUCUUCGCCAUCUAAAGCUUGAUAUCACAUUUUAUUACAUGCAUAGUAAAAAAUUUUCAAGCAUUGUCCCAGCUACCGGGUUGUGUUCAUAUGCUUUUUAAGAUUCUCAUCGCUCCACAGCCAUACAGCAUUUUGCUGGACUUAACUCUCAUCUCGUCAAAUUUGCUCUUGAACUGCCAUGCCACACAUAAAAAGUCAUAGAAUUACAGGCCAAUUGUUUUUUUUUUUUCACUGUUGAAUGUUGUACUGCAGAAUUUCGAAAGCUCUGGCUGACAAGCCACGGUUUUGAUUUUAUCAUGCUUCAUAUGUAAAUGUUUGUUAGUACAAUAGUGUUGUACAUCUCCACUUACUAUUUUGUUGUAAACCCAUAUGCUAAUUUAUGUUGGUACAUAGAAACAAAUGAUUCAAUGUUAGUUUUGAAUAUGUUUCUCAGUGUUUAACUGCUGCUUUUGUUUCAGGGGUCCCCUAUCAGUUGAAUGAGCUUGAGAAUGGGACAUAUAAACAACAAAAAUUGUCUUCUUUCUUUGCCCCUAAGUGCACCUCAAGUCCGAAGAUCGCGAAUGCUGAGAGCCACAUAGCUCCCCUUGUAAGAUCUGCAAGUGGAUUAUUGUUGCACAAGGAUGAAAAGAUGAAGCAAUUGUUGUUAGAUGAGGAAGACAAAUGUUCAAAAUUUAGAGAACAAUCUAUGUAUGUUGGCGAUGAUAAGUUUUUCAAGGUGGAAUAUGCAGAAUUAAAAUUUGGCAAAAUGAAAGAUGAGCAAAAUAUAACAGGGGCUGAUCCUAGUAGUUCUUGUAGGAACAACAGAACGUUGGAGGAAUCAUUAGAUCCACUAAGCUUUGGACAUUGCAACCAGCAAGAAGAGAAUCUUGGAGCUCAUCAUUGU